UCCAGCUGAACGUUCAUCGUGCAGGCUUGAAGGAGCCAGAGGGUUGCAAACGUUCCUCAAAGUGCGAGCACCGCCCGUGCGCUUUGUGACGGACGAGCUCUCAGAUGGCGGCCAAGCUUUACUAUGGAACAAAGAAGUCAAGCGAACACGGUUGGAUUGGACGACACAUACGAUGUACAGUGUAUUAUGCAGCGAACAUUUCGAAAGAUCAUGUUUCGAAGAGGGUCCCUUGCGAAUGGCAGAAAUGGGAAUCAGCACUCGUCGACUCGUGCUGAAGAAAGGUGCGAAGCCAACUAUUUUCGAUAGACCACGGACAAGUCCGGAGCACCCGACCCCCUCCACAAGCGGACAGACUGGGCACAUGAGGUCUGCAUUUGCCAAAAGGGAAAGGAAGAGGACAAUAGAUCAGAUCAUGGACAGUACGACUACGGCAUCAGUGGCGGAUGCGGUGGAUGAACCAAUGGCAAUGGCACUAGAUUUGCCUGAUGAGGAGGGCGAUCAAGAUCAGGGAAAUACAAGAGAACAAGGAUGCCAGACGGACUGGGUACCGAUUGGGACAGCACCAACAGCAAUGACCAGUAGCAAGAGCACCCAAACAGGGAAAAUACAUCAUAGAUCAAAGGGACACCAGGUGACCCCAGAGAUCCUCGAGAGGGUUAGAGCUCGGCCGGCCAGGGUUAGUGAAGUCCCAUUGUCAAGUGUAGCAGCUCCAUCUGACAGCCCCGAGAUGCAGACUAACAUAGCAGCUCCAGGUGUGUCUGGAAUGCAAGCCAAGCUACGACCACCUCCUGCAUUGUUUGAUGAAGGACCAGCAUCAAGUCCCACUGCGCCUUUUGUUGGUGGUUCUUCCGAUGACAGCUAUGUGCCGAGUGAGUCAACGACAUCGGAUCCGUGUCAAUCUGACGGGUCGCCAGAUCGCCCAUGUACUCACCAGAUGCGUGAAGAGGGCUGCCACAAGGAACCGAAGUACAUCAUCUUUGAGUCGUGCCUCCAGAGUCUCGUCAAGUGGUGUCACUGUCCAGUCUGUGGCAGCCAGGACAUAAGCCCUUCUUGGGAUUCGAACGGUACACAGCUGACCAUGACUCUUCAAUGUGCAUCAUGUGACCAGAGGAGUAGUUGGAGCAGCCAGCCAAACAUUGGCCCUUAUGCCGCGGGCAACAUCCUGCUGUCUGCUGGCAUCCUCUUCGCUGGGGCAUCUUCUGGCAAGGUGUUGCAAGUGCUGAACAGCAUCGGAGUGGUCACGUAUGUGAAGAGGACAUUUUUCAACCACCAGGAGCUCAUCCUGCAGCCAGCCAUCAAAAAGGUGUGGGAGGAACAGCAACGGACGCACCUCACCAUGCUGCAGGUGGAAGGCCGACCCCUCGUCCUUGGUGGUGAUGGGCGAGCAGACAGUCCGGGACACAGCGCCAAGUUCGGUACCUACACCACAAUGGAGCUUGUGGCCAAUGUGGUUCUCGACCUUCAGGUUGUACAGAGCAACGAAUGUCUUGGCAGCUACCAUAUGGAGAUGGAAGGACUGAAGAGGAUGGUGGAACUGCUGAUCAGCUGGGACCUGGAUGUCGGGGUGCUGGUGACAGACCGACACAGACAGAUCGCUAAAUGGAUUCGUGAAAACAUGCCCAAUACACGGCACUGCUAUGACAUCUGGCAUGUUGCAAAAUCCAUCGGAAAGAAACUGAAGGCCAUCGCCAAGCAUAAGGACUGUGAAGACCUGAAGCCCUGGGUGCAAAGUAUAAUCAACCACCUCUACUGGGCAGCAGUGUCUACACCGCCUGGAGAGGGGGAACUUCUGGUUGCCAAGUGGAAGUCUGUGGAGCGACACAUUCAGAACAUCCACAAGGACCAUGGCGACCUCUUCCCAAUUUGUACUCAUGGACAACUGCAACGGCAAAAGAAAUGGCUCAAACAAAGUUCACGCUCAGCAGUGAAACUGGAGGAGGUGGUCAACAACAAGUCCCUGCUAAAAGAUAUCGCCAUGCUGUCGGGUGAACACCAGACUUCCAAGGUGGAGGCGUUCCAUAGCCUUAUCAUACAGUUCGCACCGAAAAUGUAUGUCUUCUCAUACAUCGGAAUGCUGUGCAGGAACCUGCUUGCUGGGCUGCACUGGAACGAAAAUUCGAGCCGCCCUAUAGCCACUACACAAGCGGGUGCUGAGCGCUAUGCAGUACGCUACCCGAAGUAUAAAGCAGGGGGCCAUGUGGUCAAGAAAAUCGCGACAGAGCCAACAUACCGCUACGUAGAUGACUUGAUCAGGGAGGUUGUUGCUGGCUGCAGACAGACCCCUGACGAGAGAACACCACUCAGCGUCACUGUGGAUGUGCCUCCCUUCCUCUGCGAUGAACUGGAGAAGCCAGACAAGGAGGAAGCCAUCGCCAAGCACAGGAGUCGCUUCGGUAAGUGUGAAAUGCCCUCCCGGUAACAGUUAGAGAUGCUACCUCAGUAGAAGCAUUUAAGUCCCAUCUUAAAACUCAUUUGUAUACUCUAGCCUUUAAAUAGACCCCCUUUUUAGACCAGUUGAUCUGCCGUUUCUUUUCUUUUCUCCUCUGCCCCCCCCCCCCCACGUGGAGGGGUUAUUCCGGUGACCAUGGAUAAAGUGCUGGCUGUCCAGAGUUGGGACCCGGGGUAUACCGCUCGCCUGUGCAUCGGUUGGGGACAUCUGCGCUGCUGACCCGUCUCCGCUCGGGGUGGCCUCCUGCUGGCUCCACUGGACCCUCACUAAUAUGUUAGACCCACUCGACAUCCAUUGCUUUCGGUCUCCCCUAGAGGGGGGGGGUUACCCACAUAUGCGGUCCUCUCCAAGGUUUCUCAUAGUCAUUCACAUCGACGUCCUACUGGGGUGAGUUUUCCUUGCCCGUGUGUGGGCUCUGUACCGAGGAUGUCGUUGUGGCUUGUGCGGCCCUUUGAGACAUUUGUGAUUUAGUGCUAUAUAAAUAAACAUUGAUUGAUUGAC